UUUAUUUUUUCAACUACCCCAUUACCUCCAUAUUUUAUUAUUUUCUCCAAUUUCUUCUAAAACUCCGCACAUGGAAAAGUGAAGCAAGUGUUUAAAAACGGAGGGAGUAUUAUGCAUGUGGCGGUAUAUUUUGUCAACAUAUUUUCCACCCUUACAAAAACACCCUCCUAUGUGCAUGCUAAAUACAAUAGGGCCUAUGCGCAGACUUUCUUCCUAACAUAACCGAUUCAAUCUCCAAAUUAAUUAUUAAUUUUUAUGCUCAUAUAAUGUCUUAUCCGAUUUUAGACCUGUAGAAAGCCCUUUUAUGAGAAUCUAAAAAUUGAUGAACAUGAAUCAUGAUAGUAAAAUUAUAUUAUUAAUCAAAAGUUCCCAACUUCUCUACAUUUGAUUAUAUGUAAGUAAACCUUAUCCAUAUUGACCAUAUAUCCCAUUAUCUCCAUAUCCAUGGCCGGCAAAGCUACCUACUGCCGGCCAUUUGAAGGCGGAGCAAAAACAAAACUUUUCAUGACUCAUGCAUUCAUAACCAUGAUUACCCUUAUUUAUAUGCAUUUAACUUAUAAUAAGCUCGCCAAUUUCAGCCAUUUUAAUACAUUUCUAUAUGAUGGACAAAAUCGUUUCAGUCGUAGGUUGCGCACCAACUGUUUGACAAAAUGCCAAGCUGAAAUUUUGCCCAUGAAAAAAUUCUACAAAUAAGGGGAGCCUUUCACUGGUUGACUAUUCCCCAUCCACCAUUCACAUUUCAAUUUUUUUUCCCGCAAAUUUAUCCCACCCAAAUAAAAAUAUACUAUGAUCUAAAUGGUGGGGUUUUUUUUCUCUUUUUUUUGCUCCAAAUUCAUGUAUCCCAGUUUUUUUUUUUCUUGAUUUGAUAUGAAUAUGAUCAUGUCCCAAUUUUGAAUAAGUAUUUUGAGAAUUUUAAUGUGCACCCCACUUCCUGUUUUUCUCAUUUAAGCAAGUAUUUCGAUUACUUGUUCAAAAUCUAGUCUCUUGAUCAAGGUACAUGCACAUUGGUGAAAAAGAAGUUUCUUUCUUGGUCAUUGAUUUUUUAUUUUUUUUCCUUCUCUUGGGUGAUCUGAAUGAGGAAAUUGUGUCCGAAUUUGGAUAAGGAAGAUGCACUCGAGACGAUCCUCGAGGUACCUAUACCGGAGGAAAUGUUUAAUAGCAUGGGAAACAAUGUUGCAUUGCGUUGUCAAAAUAUGCAGCAAUGGAUGAAGGCUCAGACUUCGGAUAAAUGGUCAUCACCGGUGAUUCUAGGCCGGAUCAACGAGCUCCGGUUCAUUCUUUACCAUAUUGGUGCCCCCCUUAUUCCUCUUCAAGUUCAUAUUGACAAGAUUAGUCGCCCUGUUAGAGAUAAUUCCAUUCAAACAUCAACUGCAAAGUAUAUCGUACAGCAGUAUAUUGCAGCAACAGGAGGGCAAACAGCCAUAAGCUCCAUACAGAGCAUGUGUGUAAUAGGACAUGCUAGGAUUGGAGCUACUGUGUUUCAUCUAGGUGAUCAAACUGUGAAGGGAAAAAACACUGAUGAAGCCGGGGGAUUUGUAUUGUGGCAAAAGAAUCCAGACCUGUGGUGUUUAGAAUUUGUGGUGUCUGGCUGCAAAGUCUUCUCCGGAAGCAAUGGCAAGGUUUCAUGGAGGCAAUCAUCAAAUCAACCUUCUGUCACAACUGGCUCUCCCAGACCCUUGCGUCGGUUUCUACAGGGCUUGGAUCCAAGGGCUACAGCCAAUUUGUUCAUAGAUGCAGUAUGUAUCGGGGAGAAGGUCAUCAACCACGAGGACUGCUUCAUCCUCAAGCUUGAGACAAGCCAAACAACACUGGAUGCACAAAGUGAUCCAAAGUAUGAAAUCAUCCACCACACCUUAUGGGGUUACUUCAGCCAAAGAUCUGGUCUCCUCCUCCAGUUUGAGGACUCGAGGAUGUUGCGUUUGAAAAACAGCGUUGACAACGAUGAUGGAGAUGGAGUCUUUUGGGAGACAAGUGCAGAGUCAUUCAUUGAAGACUAUAGGUAUGUUGAUGGGAUUAAUAUAGCCCACAGUGGUAAAACCUCUGUUAGGGUGUUUAGAUAUGGUGAGCAGUCAGCUAAUCACCAAAGAGAGAUUGAAGAAACCUGGAAGAUUGAUGAAGUUGGUUUUAACAUUUGGGGUUUGGAUACUGACUUUUUUACACCACCAAAGGAAGAAGUAGAGACUUUAGAAUAUUGAUCUUUGAUUAAAUGUUUUUCUUUUUUUUUUUUUAAUUGGAGGGAAGGUUCAUAGAGAACUACAGAGGAUUAUGAUAUAGACAAAAUUCACUGGUUUUGUACUUGAUGUGAGACUGUAUAAUUUUGGUCUCCAAAAUUGUAUAUAUUAGCAUGUUUGAUUAAUUUCUCAAUUUUGACUAUAAUUUGGUUCUAUGGAUACAUGUUUCAUAUUUAACUAUUUAAGCUUUGGUAUAAGAAAAAGUUAGUUGUUCUUGUUCAUCCAUCUGCCUUCUAAAGUUAGUAAUCUCUCUGUAUUAGUGAUGAUGAUGAUGAAUUGAGUCGAGUAACAACUCAGUGUCAACUAGACUCCAUCUUUGAUGGAACUUGAGCCAAGGCUCUAUCUUUGAUUGAGCUCAAGCCAAGUCAAAUUAAAGUAGUUAAAUUUUUAAUAAAUUCUUGUUAAGUUUGGGACUUGUUUCAAUCAAUGAUAGCCAAUAGAGUUUCAUGUUUAAUGUUAAUGAAUUAUAAUAUUGACUAAAUUAACAAUCUAAACAUAAUUAAUACUUUCGAGCUCUCAAAAUGUUCUAAGUUUAGUACUAUAUAGUCUACCUAAUGACAUUGGAUAGGCGACAUUGUGUAAAGUCAAGUGUUAGCUCUUGUUAAACCCGACCCAAAUCUAACUCAUUGCCAUCCCAAGUCGUGUCUUGCCACUAAUUGAAAAAACACAACACGGGGCACAAACUAUGACUUAGGCUGUUGUGCACCUAGGUAUGACUUGUGUCUUGUGCAGUGGGGCGACCUUUAGGCUCGAGGCCACAGAGCGGUGUUGUGAGUUGUGCCUUAUCUAGAAAAUGGAGAUUUCUUUCUCGGUG